AUGACAGAGGAACGAAAUCCGUCAUCUGGAUUGCCUGAUAUUGGCGGCUCAUCGGAUGGCCUUGCGCAAAUGCUCUCACAGCUCCAAAACUAUGGGCCCAAUCCAUUCACUUUACUUCUGCCAAGCGCCAGCGGCUUAACCUUGACACGCAACCGCAGCGGCUUUGGACCUUGGAACGCACAAGAACAUGGCGAAGCUCAAGAAGAGAAGCAAGAAGACUCUGAGAAAAAGCGUGAAAUGGAAACUAAACUGUCGCGCGUAUAUGAAAGUUUCGACCUGGAGAUGCUCUGGAAGCGUUUGAGCGAAGCACUUUCUCGGUUACAAUCUGAUCCUGCAUCUGCUCAAGUGCUUCUUCCUAGCAUAGAAAGCUUGAUGGUUGUGUCACAACACGUCAUGGGCACGCGGUCUCCCGAAGAUGAGCCUCUGGAGUGCGUGACGUCAGAACCAGGUACCCGACGUGCCCAGAUGGAGAGUGACUUUUUGUCGUUUACCGAAAAGCAUCGCAAAAUUCUUAAUCUCAUGGUACGCCAAAAUCCCGCGCUCAUGUCCGGCUCCUUUUCUCUCCUUGUUCGUAACCCCAAGGUACUGGACUUUGACAACAAGCGCAACUACUUCUCUCAACAACUACACAAAGGUCGUCGCGAGCAUUAUACCCCUCUCUCUUUGACUGUUCGGCGACAACAUGUGUUUUAUGACAGUUUCCAGUACUUUAACCGCAAGUCAGGCCCGGAAAUCAAGCAUGGCAAACUAAAUGUGCGAUUUCAUAACGAAGAUGGCGUGGACGCAGGUGGUGUGACGCGCGAAUGGUUUCAAGUACUCUCUCGAGAGAUGUUCAAUCCUGACUAUGCCUUGUUCCAGCCUUGUGCAGCCGACUGCACGACAUACCAGCCGAAUAAGAUGAGUUCUGUCAACGACAUGCAUUUGGCCUUUUUCAAGUUUAUUGGGCGUGUGAUCGGCAAGGCCAUUUACGAUGGCCGGCUUUUGGAUGCGUACUUUACCCGCAGCUUUUACAAGCACAUCCUGGGACGCAAAGUCGAUUAUAGGGAUUUGGAGGCUGUGGAUCCUGAAUACUAUAACAGCAUCCAGUGGAUGUUGAACAACGACAUUACAGAUGUGCUGGAUCUGACUUUUGCGGUUGAGGAGGAUGUGUUUGGUGAGACACGCACCAUUGAACUCAAGCCCGGGGGCUCAUCGAUCCCAGUGACCGAAUCAAACAAGCACGAGUACGUGCGUCUUGUGACGGAGCAGAGUUUGACCAAUUCGAUCCGCUCGCAAAUCGAUGCGUUCCUUGCAGGCUUCCACGAAAUCAUUCCACCGUCUCUCAUCAAGCUCUUUAGUGAGAGGGAGCUAGAGCUUUUGAUUUCUGGUUUGCCUGACAUUGACGUGGACGAAUGGAAGAACAAUACAGACCUUCGUGGCUACAAGUCGAGUGAUCCUAUGAUUCAGUGGUGGUGGCGCGCUGUGCGUUCGUUCGACCAAACCGAGAAGGCCAAGCUGCUGCAGUUUAUCACGGGCACAUCUAAAGUGCCGCUCGAAGGAUUCGCCCAUCUGCAAGGGGUAAAUGGCACUCAGCGCUUCAAUAUCCACCGUGCCUACGGUGAGGACCGCUUACCAGCGGCGCACACCUGCUUUAACCAGCUCGACUUGCCCGCGUACGAAUCGUACGAGAAGCUGCGUAGUCAACUGCUUCUGGCCAUGAAGGAAGGCGCGGAAGGAUUUGGUCUAGCAUGA